CCCUGCUAUUAUCCAAAGUGGCAAGGGAUAACAAAUAUUCUGAAAGUGACUAAGAUAAAAUUUUAUAUAUCAUUAACAAAAUCCACUUUUAAAGAAAGAAAGGAAUAUCAUGUAAAGGAAUGUUUGUGGUAAAUCAUGUGAAUAAACAGGAGACCUUUUGUUUAACCAUUUUGAGAAUGAUUAAAAGUUACGUCUGUCGAUAGUCGAAAAAACUUUACAGUUUGUAUACCCCUAAUUGAGAGAAAAGAAAAAAUUGUGAAAAUCGACCGAAAAUUCCUUUUCCAUCAUUCUUUUAAUUUUUUCUCUUCGAAAUCUGCGUGAUAAAGAUAAUCACCAUUUUUAUUCGAUGCUCGAGUACGAUGAGAACAGUCUCGCGAUAAGAUUCAUCAAAUCGGUCACAUGCAGUUGGUGAAAAUCAAAAAAGAAAAUUUUAGGAGGUGAAGAGCAUUUUGUCGAUAAAUUUUCCGUGUGUUCGUGGAAAUUUAUGCAAAAAUCUUGUAGUUAAGUGUUAAACUGUGUGAAAAUCAAUAAGAUCAAAGAAUUUAGGGCGAUCGAGUACUUAAGUUCGGAAAAAAAAAUUCGUCAUCAGAUAUACGGAGCAUUGAUUGUAGAGAAGGAAAAAAAUCAUUGAAAAGUGUUACAAAAGGGUCAAUUAGGAAAAAAAUUCAUCCCCCUCAAAAGCAACAAUAACAACAAAAGGAAGAGAAAAUGGAGAAUAAAACUCGAUACCAGUUCGACCGACUGCCGAUGGUGCUAUUUUUAGCUUGUUUAGCCGUCACUGUUGUUGCAGCAUCUCGAUCGAUUAAGAAAGAACCAAUCGACAAUCUAUAUUCACCAAUUUAUUAUGGCGAUUCAAAUGUUAUGGAGGGUGAAAAGUUUUGGAUUAGUUGCACAGCAGAACCACCAAUAAGCUGGUAUAAAGAUGGGGAGCCUAUUGAAGAACAUUUUGCUCGUCAUAUAGACAAAGAUAAAUUUACUUUCACAACUCGAGAUCAUAUGAGAGCAAAUCUAAAUGGGAAGAUGGAAUCUACUCUAACAGUUAGUCGAGCUGUUAUUAGACAUAAGGGAAAAUAUCAGUGCAAUAUAAACCAUGACAACUCCUAUUAUUUACAUGUUCAUCCUGCAAGAGUAAUAGUUGGAAAUACAUUUGAGGCAGACAAUGAUCAUACUGAUGAUAGAAUAAGUUUUGAGCCUUUUACAAAAGAUAGAACAAUGUCAACUACCAUGUUGUCUUUUGCUGUCGAUGAAGUGUUAACAGAGUCCUCAAAUAAUAAUAUCAAAUCGGAUAUUGAGACAAUUUUAGAUGAAGCAGAAGAAAAAUCCAGAGAAAAACUAGUCGAAGCAUCGAGAGCUUUAAAUGAAUUGAAUUAUAACAGAUAUGAUUCAACAUCGCAUCUUAUAUUAACUUCGACAACUUCGGCUUCCCCUGUUUUAAGCGUUACUCAAAGUAUUCCUUUACCCUCAACUAUUCGCAAUUCUUCGCCGCACAUGACUACGCAUACAAGUGUUGUGGUUCAUACAACUCGCGCGAAAGCCAGUGAGGUCGAAAUUAAAGGCCAUCAUGCCAAGCAAGAUCACGAAGGAAAACUUACAACCGAUAACAAGGAUUACGGAGGCAGCAACCUCAGAUCAUUUAGAACAACAAAACCUUUGAAAUUCCUGUGUAAAGCUGAAAACCUAGCAGAACAAAAUAAAGUUGUGUGGUCGAAAUAUGAUAGCGAUGAAAAUAAGAUAAACGUCAAAGAUAUAAAAAGUUUAGAGGGACGAUACGAAAUAAAAGCCAAAGACGGAACCUUCGUGAUUAAUCCAUCGGAGAUUGACGAUGCCGGUAACUACACUUGUUCUUUAGACGAAGAAGAACAUCUUUUCAUUGCUUAUGGAAAGAACGACGAUGAGAAAAAAAUAACUAGUAGCGGAGGGCGGUUUACCUUAACAAAAUUUAAUGAAGUUGAAGAUGCUCGUCUUCAGAUCGACAAUGCUGUCGUUGCAGAUCGAGGAUUUUACACUUGCGUCGUAAGCAGUUUAUAUGAUUCAGUUGCAACAUCGGAAACUCACGUGCGAGUCAAAGACAAACUUGCUGCCUUGUGGCCAUUCCUUGGAAUUUGUGCUGAAGUUUUCGUUCUUUGUGCCAUUAUUCUCAUUUAUGAAAAAAGACGCAACAAGACAGAUCUCGACGAGAGCGACACAGACCAAAGUCCUGAUCAGAAAAAUGAUCAUCAUAAGGACACAGACGUUCGUCAUCGCAAAUAAAGUGAUCAUAACGUUUUCUUUCGGGAACGAGGCUAAGCCGCCGUCGAACUUUAACUUCUUAUCCUCUCGUGAUUUCGAUUUUAAAUUUAAAGAAAUAAAAAGUAAAAGGUAAAAUCUAAUCAUGCGAAGCCUACGACCCACUUUUUGCAAAUUUAUCAUGUUGAGAGUUUUUUCCGUUUUGUUAAACUUUAAUCUCCGAUCGCACUUUGUCUAGGAUUGUUCAUGAAUUACGUUACAUAAAUUUUCUAAAUUUUAACCCCUUAAGUCGAACUUUUUACGAGCGGUAUGCGAAAAGUGUUAGAAGUACCAGACAAAAAGUAAGACCUAUAAUAACAGCAAAUAACGCGCCCACCUUCACAAUUGUUGCGUAAUUUAUGAACAGACCCCAAUCCCCCUUUUCCUCAACUCCAAAAUCCCCUCCCUUCUACCACCACACAUAUUUCGUAUACAUAUUUUAAAAUGCUAUUAGAGUCUUCUCGUCUCAUCCUUGAUAGAAAAUUUAUCGAAAUGAUAGUUGCGCGGCUAUAAACUUGAUUUUUUGUUUGUUACCUUUUGCGAAAUCAAAACCACAACAAAAAAUGUUAAAGAAUGAUUGUAAAAAAAACACUUCUCUGACUCUUUUUGUUAACAACGCAAAUUCAUAAAUAAAAAUAAGAACACUUGCAGCAGAAAUUCGAAAAAAAAGAUAAAGAAAAUUAAAGAAAAAUAUUAAGAAUAAAAACCAUGAGUUUGUUGAUUCUAAAAAAAGUUAUUUGAAUAAAGAUCAAGCAAAAGUUUAAUAAAAAAAACAAUUUUUAGGGAUAUUUAGAUAUGAAUAAAGAAUGUUAAGCAAAUUAUAAAAUCUUCACUCAUACUUUGAGCAUGUCGAAGUAAUAAACCAAAACUAAAAACAUGAUGAAUUAAUUGAAAAUACAAGCUAAUAAAAGUCAUUUUUCGCCUCCUUAACUGAUAAGGCUAGACACACAAUAUUUUAAUUGAACAUUUUUUCGUCUUGAGUUGUGAAGAAAUAUUUUUUAUUAUUAUUGUUUUAUGCUUUAGAAGCGUGUAAAAGUGAAGGAAGAAUGGAUACUUUUUUGACAUUCUAGUGUCUUAUUUCUCGAUGUAAAGUACGAUGAAAUUAAUAACAUUUCAUUUGAGAUAAAAGAUGAGGAAGAUGGACAAAAGGAAAUUGAUAAAAAUGAAGAGAAACUUUUCGUUGUAAUAAUUUAAAUGAUAAAAAGUUAUGAAAUGAAAGGAGAAAACUAAUUAAUAAAAAAUCGUUAAUUAAAACAAAGA